AUUAUUUUAUAGCCUUACGCAUGCGCAAAGCCACAAGUGAAUCAGCGUCUGAUUUGUUGCAAUCAGCAGUUGUUCAGUCGCGGUUCACAGAGUUGCGCGCUAUUUUCGCGGAUUUCCCCAGAUCACUUGCAUUUUGGAAAACUAUUAAAAAUCCACCAGCAAUGUCUCACACAGUAACCAUAACGAGGACAACUGCUACCACAUCGGGAACGCCGCUCUUUGUCAACACUGGCUACCUUGGCACUGUACCUGGCUUACUUAAAUUGGCACAACUGAUACUUGGAGCGGCCUGUGUCGGUGUGGUCAGCUAUUAUUUCGAGCCGAGAUAUGUGAAAUACAAUGAUCAGAAACCAGAAUUAUUCUUCCUUCUAAUAUCGGUGGCAUUUUUGAUAGGAACAUUCUGUUUGCUUCUGUCGUGUGUCAUGUCAUUUUCAACAGCUACAAUGAUAUCCAAAACUUUGUAUGAAGUCGUGUAUCACGGGAUUGCGUUCGUACUCUACCUAGCGGCAGGUCUUACGCUUUUAAUAGAGGUGAAUCACCGGAGAAGUGGCUAUAGGAAUGACUUCGAACCCUACCUAGCUGCCGCCGUUAUGGGCCUCGUGAUGGCGAUCCUUUAUUUAUUUAGUACAUUCUUAGCGAACCGUUCCUACAGAGGCUUAUAACUUAUACGAUUAUGAAUGAUAUUGUUAAUUAAGAAUUAAUUUAUUGUUGUAUAAGGUUUUGAAUGGAAUUAUAUUAAUAAUACAGGUUUAAAACAUAACAUGGAUAUUAUUAGGUACUCUUCAUACUCUAAGCGAAAAUAUUAGUUAAUUUUAUAAAAGUAGGAAAAUGUAUCUUUGUGCUUUGAGAAAAUUUCUAAUAAUUUCGUAUAUUAAAUAUCCUCUCAUUAAUUUAACUAAUGAUGGAAGAAUAUUUUUAUUAUGUAAAUAUUAAUGUUGCUUUUGAGUAUCUAAAAUGUCUAACGCCUAAGUGAUCUUAAAAAUUGUUCAUUGUCAUUAUAUUUGCGGGAAAAACACAUUUUAACUUAAUUUGUAUGUACUGACAUAAACAGUUUUGCAACGUAUAACCAAAGACAGUUAAAGUAAUAGACAAUAUACCGAAAUUUCUGGCUACAGUGACGUCACCGGUGGAAAUCCAUGAUAUCAUUUAAUAUAAGAUUGUUUUUUAAUCAUUUUAAAAAUCCUAAGUGCCGCAUCCCAUACUAUUUAAUUUGCGAUGUUGCAUUGGCGCGCCUUCGCUGAUACGACUUAUUCAGUUGCCGCUAUUCAAAUAUUGGCACCAUAGCCAAGUCGUAAGUGUAUAUAGGACGUAUAGUAUAUAGUAUAUAGGAAGUAUUUUUAAAGGUAUAGUAUAUCGCGACGGUUUUCUCACUUUUCAAAUUAUUUGGUGAUAAUAUCAUAUUUUGAUAAAGCUAGAGACAUCCAACAUCAUAUUUUUAAUGCUAUGAGAGUUACGACUUUUCCAUUGUAAUGGCGGGUCUACUUACUUUAAAUGUCUUUGAUGAAAAUAAAUUGAUUGUACAAAAAAGUGUAUUAUGGUAUGUAUAAUACCUAUGUAUUUUUAUAUUUAUAUACUGGUAAAUGAAACAAAUGUCCAAAUUAAUAUAGCUAAGUUUCAGCAUCGGACAAAGAUGUGAUUUACAUUUGUAGAAUUUCGUUGGCAGUUUUUGCCACACACCACUACUUUGUGGAACCAGCUAACCACUGAAGUAUAUCGACUUCUAGAAAGGAGCGUACUAUUUCUAAAAAGGCUGGCAACGCACUUGAGAGCCUUCUACCAGAGUAAGUAUUCAUGGGUAUUACUUAAUAUCAUAUGAGCUUCCUGUACAUUUGCCCCUUGUUCUAUAAAAAUAACUUUGAGGGGGGAGGGGAAAUACCGGACGAAUGGUUUCAUGGACUAUUGAUGGCUAUUAUUGACUUGCCAUUGAAAAUAUUUUAUAAUAUAAUCUAUAAGUAAAUAUGCCUUUACUCCAAUAGAACAGAAUAUACUGUUCUGAAAUUAGAAGCUGUGCCUUUUGUAACAAAUUCUCGAACAUUAAGUAUAUUUUUUAAUAUAUUUAAUUAAACGUGCUUCCAUGCUUCUUAUAUGUACUAUAUUGUAAGAUUUUAAAGCCAGCAUGUUCAGCACAAAACUGGAAGUAUAAAUUAUAUUUUAUUUAU